AUGGCGGUAGAGUUUGAAUUUGCAGUCAACAUCAUGGCGCUCAGCAGGUUGGUCGCGUCCCGUGGUUUGCUUAGGAGGACUGGCUUCUCAGCCUCCUCCUUCUCCUCCGGUGGUGUACAGUUUCGUGUUCUCAGCAUCUUCGGCGAGGGUCACAGUGAAAGUAUCCCCAUCAGUGCCAGUUUGGUGAAGACACAGCAGCCACCGGUUCGGUGGAUCAGUGCCAGUUCCCGGGCGGGCGAGAAGCUUGCCACUGCCAAGACGGUCCAGAAGCAUGACUGGAACCGAGCCGUCAGUGAGGCCGAGCAGAUCGUUGGCUAUCCGACGUCGUUUCUGAAUCUUCGGUUUCUGCUGAGCGACGAAAUCGCGAAUGUUGCGCUUCAUCUACGAAAACUGAUUGGCAGCAAUCAUCCGUUGCUGAAAUCGGCUAAAUCCCUCAUCUACAAUGACAAAAGUCAGCAGGCUUGGGGACUGAUUAUUCUGUUGAUUUCCAAAGCGGCCGGACACACGGCAUCGGUGCCAGAAACAGACCAUGACCUUAGCGUAGGGGUGUUGCACUCUCAGCGCGCCCUGGCGGAGGUUACGGAAAUGAUUCGCAGCUCUCAGCUAAUUCAUCAGGGCAUUAUCAACCUGCAGUCGAUGGAUAACGCCGGAAACGAUCUGAGUGGAGACAGUGACAUGAUUUUCGGGAAUAAAAUUGCUCUGCUGGGGGGCGAUUACCUGUUGGCUCAUGCCAGUAAACAAAUUGCCAGUUUGAGGAAUCAAGAUUUAAACAUGUUAAUGACAUCUGCCUAUCGAGAUCUGGCUGAGUCGGCCUUCAUUGGGGAGAGUGACGAUCAGAAUAACCCGCUGCCCUCAAAACCACAAACACCUCCCGGAACGAUUACCCCGGAAUGUACGUUGGAUGAGUUAGAUUUUGGGGAUGUGCAAAACAACCAGGAACCAAUGAAAAUAGAUGGAAUUAUAGGACACCCUGAGAAGGAAUGGUCACUCAGGCAUGUUUUGGGAGGUGGCAGUCUGCUGGGAAAAAGUUGCCACGGAGCGCUGAUGCUGGCCGGACAUCCCGAAGAACUACAAAAACAAGGAUAUCUGUUUGGUAAGCAUAUGUCUUUGGCGUGGCAAGCAUCCAUUGAGAUGCAACCGUUUCUAAUGAAUCAGCUUCCGUUAGGAGCACAAUUCAGUCUGGUAUCCGCCCCGGUUCUGUUCCACUUGGAGUAUGAUCCAAGCAUUUACGCAAUCAUCGAAAAGGGGCGCAACUCGGUGGAGGAUGUUGACUACAAUGCGCUGCACAAAGAAGUUUGCCGAGGACCGGGACUAGAGCGAACCAGAAACCUCCAGAAGAAGCAUAGCCUGGCCGCUAUGAACGUUCUGGAUCGAUUUCCUUCAACCGAUGCCCAAACGGCACUGCAAAACAUCAUCCUUGCGAUGCAGCAGUUGUAAAUAUUAGUGAGUAAACAGUAUAGGUCGACAGGUGAGGAAACUAAAACCAGUAAUUUAUGAUAAUUUUGAAUCCAUAAACACAUAGUAUAGUUUACUUUACCCACUGUUUGUUUCCGUUAAAAAAAUAUUGUACAGGGUCGUAAUUCCAUACUCGAAAUCGACUAAAACAAAAAAUAUCUCCACUAUAUUGGCCAAACUUGCAAACAAAUAUCCGGAUGUAUUUGCCAAAUAUGGCAUCUACAGUAAUACUUGUUAUGUUUUUUUGCUUAUCCAACAUCCUGGUACGAAACAAGAGAUAACGCGUGAAGAAGAGAACAAGUGUGAGAAGAUUUUAUAUCAAUACUAUAAUGUACAUUAAGUAGGAAUAGAAAAUAUCUAAACACUAUCUGUAUAUUACUGUAAAUUAGAUUAUUAUUUUAUUUCUCCAGAAUUCUCAUUCUACCUCCGUUGCCUCAAAAUUCUAAUAAUACUGAGCUGUAGUUUGUCUUUCGCUUACCUUUGGUUUUUUGUCCGCUUUGUAUUGAUUGCUUUGUUAUGUUUUCAUAGUUUUAUCACCCUGUAUUCGAUCUAAAUUAUUACGAUUGCCUCUUCAUAUUUUCUGUGCUUGGUUUUGUUUGAUCUUUCUUUGUUGUACACGAUUAACGUUUUUUCCGUUCUGUCUCAUCGCAUUUGAUCGUUUUAUUGAUUUUCAUUAUGUUUAAAUUCUUGUUUUCGCUGAAAUUUCUAACUUACGAUUUAAGCACGUUUAAACAUUUUCUAUCUACAAUUUGCUGUAUUGUUCC